ACCCGCACAGGCAUCCCAAACGUUUCCACGUUCCCGGAUCCAUCCCCUACUUUAUAUAGCCUUCCAAAAACCCAAACCUCCGCGUCUCUCCCUCACGAAAACGAGAAUGGAGUUUCUGUACCGCGCCGUCGACGAGCCUCGAAGCCGGUCCCCGCCACCGCCAGCGGCACCAGUUACUCCUGGUUCCGGAUCGACUGACGGCCACGGAAGCGACGGUCCGGCGGAGUGCGUGGGUAAUUCUGCCGUGACGCUAUGGCAGUCCGAUCUGCCCCCACCGGAGACGGCGGAAGCCGACGCCUACGAACUGCGGCGGCAAGCGGAGAAGGCGAGGAUCAGGGAGCGGAUCCUCAGGGAGGAAGCGGAGCAAUUGGAGCUCGAGAUGGUGGUGCGUAGCGAGUUAAGGGAGCAAAUGCUGCAACUCUUGUGGCCUACGCUAGGGCGGCCGACGAGGGGAUCAGAGACGAAGGUGGUGCUGUCACCGGGAACGAUUACCGCCGCCAAUUCGUCGCCGCCGAUUCUCGCGCUUGAGGCCCACCAAAAAGCAAACGCACUAGCAAAUGCGCCGACCAAGCGGAAGAGCCCUGAUCAUGCAGCCGGAACAUCCACACCAUCUUUGGCGCCAAGCAGCAAGAAGCAGAAGAGCACCUUAACCUGCACGGUGUGUGGCAUCACCGCAAACAGCGAGAAGGUCAUGCAAGACCACCUCAAUGGGAAGCCGCACAAGAGGAAGUUGGUAGCACUUCCGGAGCUGCCAAAGCCAGUGCCAGAGACAGAGCAGGAGAGGGGGCUCGAGACAGGGGAGGAAGAGGCAAUGGCGAUGGAGACAUUGAGAGAUUACAAACCCACCAAGUUCAUGAUGGCGACGACAGCAGGAGCGCUGAACGAAGUGAUACAGAUGGACGGUUACCUCCUCUGUGAGCUGUGCAAUGUGCGGACGUCUGACCGUGUUACAAUGAUGUGCCACAUACAAGGGAGCAAACACAUCUCUAAUGACCAGAAGAAGCAUGAACUUUCCAGCAGGCCAUCAGGAGUGGCUAUUGCCAGUGCUGAUCCUGAUGUAAAGCUGGCUCUGGAGGAUUACAGUGUGGAGCUGCCACCCACCGUGCGCCGCUUGGAAGGCUUUCUGCUCUGCGAGCUGUGUGACGUGAAGGCCCCAUCGAUGAAUGGCAUGCGUCAACACUUGUCAGGGAAGAAGCACGAGAAGAAGGCGAGUACCAGCUCAUCUGAUGCCUCCGUCAACGGCUCCAUAGCCAUAGGUGGAAAGGAAGAAGCCGAAGCACAGCCGAUAGACACAAAUCACACGGUUGUCAUCUCUGACGACAUGGCAGCAAAGGCGAAAGCGCUACUGGCGAAUAAGUCGUUGCAACCAAAGCACGGUGAUGACAUUGGGCUGCAAGAAACGACUGUGGCAGCAGCAAAGGAACGCGUCGCCACUGGGGACGACAGUACUGCAACUCCUGGAACGGAAAUGAUGAAAGGCAGUGCAACUUCUGCUGGGGCUCAGGUCAACAAUGUCUGUGAUUCUGACUCACUGGCCAUGGAAGUAGACGGUGUGUUGCACCCUCUGCGGCGGGUGGAUGGCUUCCUCGUCUGCCUGAGCUGCAAUGCAAAGGCACCAUCUGAGAUCGUCAUGCGGUCUCACCUGUCUGGGAAGAAGCACAAGCGCAAGAUCACACUCGCUGCUGCCGGAGGAAACAAUGGCUUGUGUGUCCUUGCCACCGCCGGGGCUGAUGGGGCCCAAGAAAACAUCGGCUCAAAGCCUACCAAAGGCAACGUGGAGGCAGAAUCGGCGGCGGCACAAGCAAAAACCGCUGCCAACGAAGAAGCAGAAUCAGCCCCGUCGUUGGAAGUGUCACAAACGAAGAACACUGCAUCCACGGCAUGCAUCAUUGAGCCAGCUGAGGAUGGCGAGAUUGCUAAGGAAGCUGAAGAAGAGCAGGCAGCUGCAGGCACCAAUGGUGGUGUGAUCCAAGCCAAGGAAACCGUGAGAGCAGAUGACGCCACUUCCCCUGUCAAGUCAAUCAAGGCGUCCACCGUGAUGCAGCAGGAGAAUGGCAGGUCAGCAUGAUCCUGCAUCUCUACACCAGUACGCACUGGGGCCUCGGACAUGGCUGCAGUUGCAAUGGUGGAUAAGGAUGUCUCAGGUGUGACAACGAUGUCCGUGUGAUAAAAUCUAAUGGUGAAGAACUUGAACGUAGCGUUGCAUGAAAAACGAUUGGUUCCGCCUCUGCCUAUUUCUUGUGUGAUGUGUAGGGCUACAAUCUAGUCAUGAAUACUUGAUGCUUUGAACGACAGUACCUUCUCGAAAUCUUAACCUUUAAUUUGGUCACUAUUUUCUUGCAAAGUAUAUAUGUGAUUCGAAUGGACAUUGCUUUUU